GGGACAGAGGAAGACUCGCUUGCACAGAGACAAGAAGUGCACGAUUUAUUUGUCAGGUUAUUUUUUGGGGGGGGGGGGGCGAGUGACAAAAAUUGGAAACUAUAAUGAUGACAGUCCUGGGCAACGCCGGUCGCUUGAUCCAAUUUGCCAGGAGCAGUGUCAGCCUUGGCACAAGGACUCAUGCUACUGUUGCAGCUUUGGCCCAUAAUGUGACCCCAGAAACACAGGACAAUAGGAAACCCAAGACAGGCAUCUUGAUGCUAAACAUGGGAGGACCUGAGAAACUAGAAGAUGUACAUGAUUUCCUGUUGAGGCUCUUCAUGGACACAGACUUGAUGAAACUCCCAGUACAGAAUAAACUUGGCCCAUUCAUUGCCAAGCGCCGCACGCCCAAGAUCCAGGAGCAGUAUAGUAAGAUUGGAGGAGGCUCACCCAUCAAACGUUGGACCGCCAUGCAGGGAGAGGGCAUGGUGAAGCUGUUGGAUGAAAUGUGCCCUGAGACAGCCCCUCAUAAGUUCUACAUCGGUUUCCGAUACGUCCACCCACUGACUGAAGAGGCCAUCGAGGAGAUGGAGAAAGACGGAGUGGACCGAGCUGUGGCAUUCACACAAUAUCCUCAGUAUAGCUGCUCAACCACAGGUAGCAGUUUAAACGCCAUUUACCGUUACUACAGAAGCAGAGGCGAGAGGCCAAAAAUGUGCUGGAGUGUCAUUGACCGUUGGCCUACUCACCCUCUUCUGGUGGAGUGUUUUGCAGAACACGUGAGUAAUGAGCUGCUGAAGUUUCCAGAAGAAAAGAGAGAUGAUGUAGUGAUUCUAUUCUCAGCACAUUCACUUCCCAUGGCUGUUGUAAACAGAGGCGAUCCAUACCCCCAGGAAGUGGGUGCUACAGUCCAGAGAGUUAUGGAGAGACUUGGACACUGUAACCCUUACAGACUAGUGUGGCAGUCCAGGGUGGGGCCCAUGGCGUGGCUCGGCCCCCAGACCGACGAGGUCAUUAAAGGGCUUUGUGAAAGGGGGAAAAAGAACAUCCUGCUCGUGCCAAUCGCCUUCACGUCCGACCACAUCGAGACUUUACACGAGCUGGAUAUUGAGUAUGGACAGGUGCUGGGUGAGGAGUGUGGUGUGGAGAACCUCAGAAGAGCAGAAUCGUUGAACGGGAAUCCUCUCUUUAUGAAGGCUCUGGCAGAACUGGUCCAGUCUCAUCUGAAGUCCAAUGAGCCAUGUUCCCGCCAGCUGACCCUGCGCUGCCCACUGUGCACCAAUCCCACCUGCGGCGAGACCAAGGCCUUUUUCGCCACCCAGAAACUGUCAUAGAACAUGUACGAAGACAAACGCACGCACACAAACGCACGCACACACAAACACACAUGCAUUUGGGCUCUGCCCAUAAAGACACAUAAGGACUCUGGAGACAUCAUGCACUGUCCAAUGUGGAAAACCACAGAAUGAAGGAAGAGGCUUUCAUACAGACUUUCACCUUCUAAAGGAAACUUAUUAUCAGAGAAAGUGGUUGAAAUAAGCUUUAUUGGCAUCUCAUUUGUUUACACAAACAAUUUAGCGAUCUCUUUGCCUAUUGGAAUUGGUGGGAAAGUUUGAAACAAUAAUAAUAAUAAUAAUAAUAAAUUAUAUUUAUAACGCACUUUACAUUUGGGGGAAUCUCAAAGUGCUACAUGGCAGAUAAAAAAACAAGAAAACAAAACAAGGACAAGUUUAGAACAACUGGACGACAACCAAGAUAUGAGGAAAAAUUACGGAAAUGCUAAGGUAAAAAGGUGAGUUUUAAGUCCAGUUUUGAAAGAGUCAGUGGAUUGGGGUGCUCUUAGGUGGUCGGGGAGGGAGUUCCACAGUGUAGGGGCUGUAUAGCAGAAGGCUCGGUCGCCCAUGGUGCGCAGCUUGGUUUUAGGAACGUGGAGAAGGUGUGAAUUGGAUGAGCGGAGGCUUCGGGUGGCAGGUUUUGGGGCAAGGAGUUCUUUGAGGUAUGGGGGAGCAUGUCCAAGGAUACAAUGGUGAGUGAGGAGGGCGAUCUUAUAAUCAAUUCGGAAUUUGAUGGGGAGCCAGUGCAGAGAACGGAGGAUGGGUGUGAUGUGAUUGCUUUUCCGCACCCCCAUCAGGAUCCUAGCAGCGCUGUUUUGAAUGUACUGAAGCCUCUGGAGGCUCUUGCUAGGGAUCCCGAUGAGGAGUGCGUUACAAUAGUCUAUCCUAAACGUAUAAGGUAGUGUCGAGCGACAAUAUUAGCCAGCAGGCUAGUCAUGAAAUUACUCAGACAACCCAAACACAACAAAAUUAGUUCUCCUCAUCCACAGGUUCUGAUGGAGUCAUUCUUAUUAUUUUAUAAAUAGAAGAAACCCAGCAGUUAUUUUGUCAAAUGAACGGAAAACACAUACAUAAUUUGUAAUCCUUAAUCUGUCAAUCUUGUAAACAGUCCUGUGAUUUAAUCCUCCAUCUUCUUCAGUCCUCAUCCUCCUUUCUUCUUCCUUUCUCAGCUUUGCCAUUUUCUCUUUCUACCUCUCUACUUUUCUCCUCUUUUGUCUGACCAAUCUUUCCCCCCCAUCUCCCAGCUUCAUCCCCACCGCCUUCCAACACCUUCCCAUUCAUUCUAUCAGUUUGCCAAACCUCUCACCUCCCUCCAAGCUCCCCCAAGCACCCCCCCACCCCCCACCCUGCGGUGUUGCAAUCACCUCUGCUGCUGUUGAUUAAGCUGAGAGAGAUUGGUUGUCCACGACCCAAUAACCCCUGAGGUUGCAAGGCUUGGCGCCCUCUCCCCUUUUCUCCCCCAUCCUCCCAUUUUGCACGGCUCCCCGCCCCAACGCCCCCUCGGCAUCUGAGCCAGCCACAGUCUUUCCCUUUGUUUUUAUUUUCAUGUCACUGUCACCACUUACCUUUCUCCCUUUCUUCCUCUUCUAUCAGCCCAUCUUUCCUGCUCUGCUUUUCUCUUCUCUCCUCUUUUCUGGCCUCUCAUCACACCACAUCACUUUCCCUUUAUUGAGUCCCUCAUACUUUCUUAUUCACAAAUAGCCACAUCAAUUAAUUUGUAUUGUAUUAGGUGACAUUCUUUGAAUACGCAUACAAAUAUGGGCCAGCUCUAACACAGUGUUUCGGCACACUGGCGUGCCGUGAGAGAUGUUCAGCUGUGCCGUGGGAAAUUGUCCAACAUUAAAUACCGAGUGCAUUGUAAACAGGAUCGCCAAACCACAGGUCAGUUCGCGCAAGGCCUAGUCAACCACUUGCUAAUCGUGCAUGCGUGGCAAAUCGGACAAUCUUGAGAUUUCAUGUUGUGGCAUCGGCACAUACUCCGUUUAUGUGUGUUGCUGUUAGUGUUGGCUCGUGAGUGAACGAUUCGUUCAAAAGAUCGAUUUUUGUUCAGUGAACGAAUCACUUCCUAAAGCGAUCCGUUCUUUUUUUCAGUACACAUGACUUCAACCAGUAGGUGCCGGUAAUGCGUAGUGACUUUGUUCUUAAUGUUGCAAUAUUUUAUAGAGCUAGUCUAAAACAGUAAACAAAGUCAUAUGGAUUCUUUUGGAUUUUGAUCACAACCACUUUCAAUAGUUUAUUCCUUACACUGUCUAAAACCUUUUUUCAAAAACUGUCACUUUUAUUUACAAAAGAAAUACAAUUUAAAGUAUAUUUAGUAUUUAUUUUUAUUCAAUUAUUCGACUCUCCAUACAUAUAUAGGAAUAGAACUUUACGUCUUUUCUUGUAAUAUAACUCAUUUUAAUAUAGAAGCUGGUGUAACACUUAACAGUUUAUUGUUGGUGGUGUGCCUGGAGAUUUUUUCCAAUGAAAAGGUGUGCCGUGAAUGAAAAAAGGUUGGGAAACACCGCUCUAACGGUCCAGUGGCCUGACUUGAUUCAAAUCCUACCUGGUGAAGGUCUGAAGGCUGGGAUAGACUCCGCCUCCUCUGAAAAGUAUAGAAAUAAAUGCAUGGCUGGAUGGAUGUUGAAAAAUUGAGUACAGACCAAUGAAAGCUAAAAUAAGGCUUCAUCUUAGACUGGAAACAUUUUCUUGUUUUUACUGUGAAAUGGAUAAAAAGCUUUUUUUUUUUACUUCAUCUUGAGCUCUGUAUGUAAUUUAGCUAACACCUGGAUACAUUCAUUCAUUCUUUGUUUUUACAUUCUUGCAGUCAAACUUAUUUAGUCGUUCAAAGUGGAUCUUUACACGCUUCCAUUGAACUGAACUUACAAAGGAAGAGGAUAACAUGAAAUUCCAUUUGGACUCGAAACCUUUAUGCUUUGCCCUUUUCUCUUAUUUCGCUCUCUUGCCUUUCCAACAUCCAAAUAGUUCGUUCUCCUCUUUACUCUGUCUGCUAGCCACGCAGCUCAGGUGAGUGCGUGUUCCCGUGUGUGUGUAUUGUGUGGUGACUGCAGUCUGCUUGUAAUUGAAAAACUGCAAGGCCAACCGUGUGACCUCCUAUUGAGAGAACGACCAUUGAUUUCUGCAGAGAAAGGGAAAGCGGUAUGAAGUUGAAAAAGAAUAAGAAAAACAUUUUGAAGAACAGAGAGGACGGAUGAAAAAAGUGAGGGAUGAGGGGAGGGGGUGGAUUAAAACCACAAAAAUCAAAGAAGGGAAUGGGGAGUCUUGCGUUGGCUGGUCAACUUGAGCAGUCUUCUGUCCGCGCAUGUGAUGUAGUCACUCUUGCCACCAGCCAUUAUCGAUGCGAUAUUAUUUCAUCCGAACCUCCUCAACACGUUUUAGGGGAGUCAAACCAACAAACUUCCAGUACGUCGCUCAAGUAGAAAUCAUCCAGACAAUGGUGACUCUAGUGAAUAGCAUCCCCAUGUUUGAUUUUAUAUUGUUGUACCGUCAAUUGUUGCUGUAGCGUGCAGUUCUGCACCACUUCCAAACCACAUCCGCAAUCAUCGACAAAAUUAAAACAAAUACCUCCUCAACUUCUUUCUGAUGAAAUCAACAAAAGAUGAACAUCUCCACAAUGAUGGGCUGUAUUGCACAUUUGUGCGGGAGGUUGUUAAGAUCCCCGCAGAUUUCUUAGCGGUGUACUUACAGCAACGGGAGUCAUAUUUAUUUGCCACCGUAAACAUUUUCCCCUCUGACUAUUUUGUCACUGCAAGUUGUACGAAUUAAGACGGCAGCGUUUUACAAACGCUUAAGCUGCAGUCACUCGUCGCUUUCCCACGCUUUGUCGUCUUUAUCAGGAAUCUGACCCACAGGUAAUAGAAAGACAAUGUCACUAGAUUUACCAGCAACCCAAUGGCCUGUUGUUUCCUUGGCAACAGUGGCAGGGGAGCGGGAGGAAGAGGAGGGCGGGGUUUAAAGGUGAAAAGUGAUGAGGUGGAUUGAUGAUGCGAGGUCGAUGCGUUGAUGAUUACAGCGGUGGAAUGGUGGGAUGAAAAAAAGUAUGAAAAUGGAGUUAUUGUGAAGUGCAUAAAAAAAGAAGGGGAAAGACAAUAUAAAAUAAAAAUAAAAUAUGCGUGAAGGCCUUCACACUAAUUACCAUCCCACCUUGAAAAUAACUAAUUUGACUUUUAUUGGCCAGUAUGAAUUUUGAAAAAGUCCAUGGCAUCUGAAGCACACUUCAAAUCUGCAUCUGUAUAUAUAUUUUAUUUUUACAAAAACAGUAAUGACACCGGAUUCACAUGUUCAUGGAUAAAACCAUUGUGAUGUAUUUAUUGAUGUUUUUGUUUGGUUUUUAUACAUAGAGUGGAACAAUAAUAAUUCACCAAUUGUCUCCUUCAUGUUUGACCAUCAAUUUAUUCCACAACCCAAAUCUUCUCAUGUCUCUUUUUCUUUACCAACAAAAAUGUACAAAAUGUAAAAAAGAAAAAAAAAAUGCUUAAUUUGGUUCAGAUUGACUGGGUGAACUAUGGAAAGCAUUGUUUAAAAAAAAAAAAAAAAAAAAAAAACCUGAAUGUAAUGAUUUGGUUUUGAUGACAUUUUAGAGUGAGAGAGUUGGAUUGAAUACCAAAAAUAAAGAAGCAGAUGACCUUCGACCCUUUGCUAAUGCUACUGAUGAUUUAUAGAAUCCAGUUGAAGCCGAACUAGCAAGUAAAUAAUGAUAAUGAUGACUAAUAAUAACUUGGACAUCUACAUAAAUGCAUGUUUUGUAUUACAAUGUGAAAUGUUAUAUGACUGAUGAUGAUGGUUUUGAUGAGAAUGAGGUCAAUACUAGAGUUCACUAUGCAUAACAUGGAUAGCUAACUGUAAAAACACUCAUGCAGAAACUCUGGCCUAUAGCACUGCUAUGUAAGAUGAAACUGUGAUGCACAGGUAAAGAAAGACACUGACAUAAGACUUUAAAGUAGGUAUAAAAAUAAAUUCCACAUGGUUGAAUAUUGAA